AUGGUAAAAGAAACAACAUAUUAUGACAUACUGGGUGUGAAACCUAAUUGCACUCUUGAUGAAUUGAAAAAAGCAUACAGAAAAUUAGCUUUAAAAUACCAUCCGGACAAAAAUCCUAAUGAGGGAGAAAAAUUUAAACAAAUUUCCCAAGCUUAUGAAGUAUUAUCUAAUCCAGACAAAAGAGAAUUGUAUGAUCAAGGAGGGGAACAGGCUAUCAAAGAAGGUGGAUUAGGAGGUGGCGGAUUCUCAUCUCCCAUGGACAUAUUUGAAAUGUUUUUCGGAGGAAAUACACAUUUCGGUGGAAAGUCGGGCAGAAAAAGAGAAAGAAGGGGAAAAGAUGUUAUUCAUCCUUUAAGCGUUACAUUGGAAGAUCUAUAUAAGGGAAUAAUUAAAAAAUUAGCCCUACAAAAAAAUGUAAUUUGCUCUGCUUGCCAAGGGCGAGGAGGCAAAAAGGGAGCUGUAGAAGUUUGUGGAGGUUGUAGAGGUACUGGUAUACAAAUUCACACACAACAGCUGGGUCCUGGUAUGAUUCAACAGAUUCAAACCAUGUGUAGGCAAUGUCAAGGAAGGGGUGAAUCUAUCAGUGAAAAAGAUAAAUGUAAAACAUGUCAAGGAAAUAAGACGGUGAGAGAUAGAAAAAUUUUGGAGGUGCAUGUAGAUAAGGGUAUGAUUGACGGUCAGAGAAUAGUAUUUAGUGGAGAGGGUGACCAAGAACCUGGUUUAGAACCUGGUGAUAUUAUAAUUGUUCUCGAUGAAAAAGCCCAUGAAGUUUUUAAACGAUCUGGAAAUGAUUUAGUGAUGAGAAUGGAUAUAGAUUUAGUUGAAGCAUUAUGCGGAUUUCAAAAAGUUAUUCAAACCUUGGACGACAGAGAUUUGGUUAUAACAAGUGUGCCUGGUGAAGUUAUCAAACCUGGUGAUUUGAAAUAUGUAUCUGAUGAAGGAAUGCCUCAACAUAAAAACCCAUUUGAAAAAGGUCGCCUUAUUAUUCAGUUUUUUAUUUCAUUCCCUAGUUCAAUUGAUCCCAAAAUUGUUCCAACUCUAGAAAAUUGUUUACCUCCUAGGUAA